AUGAGCAUCAAAUCCUCGUCCUCAAGCUCUGUGGUUUCUUCUAUGGAUAGUGUCAACGAAGAGUUAAGAUCACUUAGAAAAUCAGCUUCAAGACCAGCACAAACUGCUAACUCCACAAGAAGAGGGUUGUUUGAUUUUUCCAGAAAGGCAUUCAGUACAAACUCUUCACCAAUUAAAGCAUCAAGUGAAUCACAAAAUACUAAAACUCCCAGUGGUUCGAGUUUAGAAAUUGGUAAUAGAAGUAAUAUUUCAACAAAUGCUGAUUAUGAUGACUAUUAUGGAUAUGAUGAAAAUGACGACCAAGAUGAUGAUCAUGAUGAUGAUGACUUUGACACCAAAAGUUUAGGCUUUGAUCCAUUUGUGGAGAACACGACAGAUGUUGAAAUACCGAUUGCUAACAGUACAACUUUGAAGUCUCAUAAAUAUAAUUCAAAGAAUAAACAGGGAAACUAUGGUCCUUUGGGUAUGAAUGAUGGUCUGAAAAGUGUUAGAUUCAAAGAUGGAGAUAUCCCCAAUAGUCAACCUCAAGUUUCGAAUAAACCAACCAAAAGCCAAAAUCAAAAAUCUAUAUCUCAAUUGCAAUCUAUGUUUUUGAAAUCAAAUUCUGGGUAUACGAAACCAUCGUCUAGAGAAAGGCUGCCAUCAAGUGAAUAUAGCGCAACACCGGACACGACAGAAGUUUCUGAAUUCAAUGAUCAUUCAAAUCACCUUACCUUGACUCAGAAGGAGUUCUUAUUACCAGCUGGACUAUCAUCUGAAGAAACAAAAAAGUCGCAAUCUGGUGCCAAAGAUAUUAAAAUAAAAUUUGCACAAGGCAAGACAAAUGAAUCAAAAAACGAUCCAAAAUCAACAUAUGACUCCUCUGCUAUUGUUUCCGCAUCGACAGAUGGUGGUAGUAGUUUAUUCUCAAAGACUGACACCCUUUCAGCACCAACAGAUAAUGAAAGUGCUCCAUUAAAGUUUGAGAAUGUCAAUGAAUCUUCAAAAUUAACGACUGUCGUCGAUGGACCAAGAACGGGACCUGAAACAUUCCGGAGAAUAAAUAUCCCUGAAACUCAACCAGAACAAAAGUUACAAUAUACAGAAAGUACACCAAAAGGUAAACCGUUCUCUUUGAGACUUCAAGAUGCUGAUUUCAGAAGACUCAAUAGUGAUGGAAGUGGUGAAGAAUCGUUUGACCAUGUUGACAUCCUUGAACAAUCACGCCCAGCCCUGCUAUCCAACAAGGUCCAAGACACCACUGCUCCCAUAAUCCCUGAACAGUCACCGGUAACCUCAACUGAAAAAAAAAUUAUCCUGGUAAAUCCUGUUGUGCAUGAGACAGAUGUGUCUUCACAUAAAGAUGCGAAAUUUUCGUCAGUAAUAGAAGAUGAAGUUAAGCACAAAGUCCACCAAAUCUUGAAGACUUUAUCACAAGAUAAAAAAACAUUCUCCUUGGAUCACAGUGUGUCUGGUGAGAGCAAGAACUUGAGCUAUUAUAUUGAUCAAAUUUUAAAUUUUGCAAGAGAAAAUGACAAAAAACUGAAUGCUCUCAAAAUUCAACUCAUAAAGCUUUCCAAACAACAACAUGAUCAUGAAGAUAUUGUCAAUCAAAAGGAUAAAAUUGUUGAGUCUUUAAACUCUGCAAUUUCAGAUCUAAAUGGGAAAUUACAAAGUAUUCAAGGAAAAUACAACUCUCGUGAAAGUGCAGUUAAGUCGCAAGAAAAGGCUUUAAAAUUGGAAGCUCAAAAAUACAGUGGUUAUGAUGAAGAAUUAGCUACCCGUGACUCUUUACUUGAAGAUUGCCGCUCCCAUAUUGAGGAAAAGGAGUUGUUUAUUGAAAAUAUUUCUAGGUUGGUAUCUGAACAUUCAACUCAGUCUUUUGAUUUAUCGAAUGAAAAGCUGGCAUUCACCCAAUUGAAAUCACUUUUAAAGUUAAAUCACAAACUUAAAGAACAGGAGAAAACAUACAAGCGCGCUGAGCAAUUACAUAAAAAGAUCAAAAGAGACUUGGAUGAAGAUUUAGAGGUACUCAAGCAUAAAAAUGAUGAACUUUUGAACGGUAAGAAGAUUUUAGAAGACCAAAAUGCCAAAAAUUUAAAGUUUAUCGAAGAGAAAGAGCUGGAAAUUGAAAACCAUGAAAACACUAAUGAAAAAUUGUCAAUGAGCUUGAAAAAUCUUGAAUUGAAAUACACUAAGCUUCAAAAUGAAAUAGAUAAUGAGAAAUUUAGAAACAAAGAAAUGGAAGCAAAGAUACAAGAGCACGAAAAUGAUAGGGUUGUACAAGACAAGAAGGUCCAAAAUAUGGAGAAGAUACUUGAAGACCAGCUUUCCUUGGUAAAUGAAGUUCAGCAAGAGUUUGAUGCUCAAACCGAAACAAUUAAUAACUUAAAUCACAAAAACAAAGCUAUGGAAGUUGAGAAUGAAGCAUUGCAUACAUCAUCAAGAAUUGAUCAAGAUCAAAAACAAAAAUUGGAGACAGAAGCUGAGAAUUUCAAGAUCAAAUUGGAACAAAAGUCAAGCCAACUUGAAGAGGUAGAACGUCGUUUGGGGAAUUUGAUAAGAAGAAAAGAUGAAGAUAUCCAAAGAUUAAAUGGUAGAGUGAAAACUCUUGAACAAAUUGAAGCAAAUUUGGCGUCAGAGCUUAAAGAUACAAGGGCUAAACUGAGUGCAAAAUACACCCAAUCUUCCGUUCUAGAGAAACGUUGUGAAACUUUGAGCCAAAACUUGAAAGAAUCUGGUGAAAAGAAUAGAGUUAUAAGAUCAGAAAUACUCAAGCACAACGGCCAUAUACAAGAGCUAAAACGGACUCUUUCUGGACUUUCCUAUAGUAUUAUACAAAACUUGGAUGGUAUUAUUGAUGGUGAGUCUUUAUCUGGUGUGCGUGAUGACUUAAAAAAUGAUACAGACGAUGGAGCCUUGGAGAAGAUGCAUAACGUCAGCUUAUUUAUCGAAGAAGCUGUUUCAUUAAUCAUUAAAGAGCACUGGUCAUUGAGUAAAAGCUUAUCGGAAGCUCGAAAAGGAAGUGUUUCGAACAAUUCAUUGAAUGCGCUCCAGCAAAUCAUUGAAGCAAAGAACAAUAGAAUCAAACUAUUAGAGCUGAGACUUCUAUCCUUUGAGAGUGCUGUUAAGAAGAUAAAUAAGACAAAUUCUAGAAUUUCCACUCGUGGAUCGUCAGCUAUCUCAAACACCAAUAAUAACUCAAGAAAAGUCAACUUUCAACCGAGUUCAAGUGAUUCUGAUCAUGAGUCUAUCGAUUCUAAUUUAACAGUUCGCACUCACAUCAGAUCAGAAAAUAAGGAGGUGAAGAAAUUACUCAAUUUGCUCAAACAAAAUAGCAGUAAAAGUGACUUGUCAAGUGAUAAUUAA